CGAGUGUAAACAAUAUUUACUACAGAAAAAUUUAGUAAAACAGACCGAAAAUUAGGUCUUAUAAUUUAGAACCUAUUAAUCUAAGAAAAUUAAUUAUGCACCUACAUACAUAUUAAAUUGAAUUAUUUAUAUUAUCACAUAAAACAAGCUAAAAAGAAACGAAUUUAAAUUUUGUCUCAGAUGAAAAGUGCAUGUACAUUUAACAAAGAUACGAAAGUCUUGUUCUAUUUCAUUGAAUUGAUGUUAUGCUACAAAUUUCUAAUUCAUAUCAUUCUAAUUAAUCGUUUUUUCAUUAAAUUUAUUGGCUACUGUAGUUAAUCGAUUGCAUGAUGAUAAUUUUUGCAAUCAGAAACGGCAACGUCGAUAAACGGGUGCUUUAGCAAGGUGGCGUGUAUAUGUAUCUAGCUUGACAGUACAUUUCACAAAAAAUAUAAAGAAACUUAGAUGGGGGUGGAUGAUACUUUGAUAUUUUUUUAAAAAACACUUAUAGCUGUUCCAAAAUUUACAUGGAACGUGUCGUUCGGUGUGUUCGUGUUAAAGUUAUUGUUUUUUUUUAAUUCGAAAUGUGUGAACACAACAGUGGGAGGUUCGAAAUGGCAGGAGGCGAUUUCGACAUUAAUGCAGCAUUAAAACAAAAAGAUGCUUUUAUUCGCGAACAACAUGAAGAGAUAAUUCGAUUGAAACGGGAAUUAGAUGGGGUGGCUAACGAAAGGGAUUUACUACUCUGCGAAGUCAGCAAUCUUCGCUUCGAAUUGGAAAUGGUAGAGUUAAAAAGAUUACAGGAAGAAAGUUUUCCUCCCAAAAUGGAGCAACCCCCUAUAUCUCCAACUAUGGGUGUACAUGUUCAAGAACAAACUUAUAUUCAAGCUCCUACCUAUUUACAGUCGCAGUCCUACUCGUCCUCAGCAGUAAACCAUACACCUCACCGAGUUGCUUCCAGCAACCCCAACUAUGUCACUGUCACUCAGGCUCUUCACAAAAAGGGCUCCUUGAGAAACGGUGAUGUUCUGAAAAGAUCAAGAGUACAAACAAUGUACGAAUUAUCUCAAGACUUAUUAGAUAAGCAAAUUGAAGUACUAGAACGUAAAUAUGGUGGCGAACGAGCCAGGAAUGCCGCUUUAACAAUCCAAAGAGCCUUUAGAAGAUACACUCUUCUGAAGAAGUUUGCCGCUAUAACAGCCAUGGCUAAAGCUGAGAAGAGAAUCAGCAGGAGGAUACCCCUAAAUGGCGAAGAUGCUAGAAGUACUCUGGGUGACAAUGAACAAUGUGAAAACGAAUAUACAAAUGCAUUCAAUAGCAAUCUCGAAUGCGGAACAUUAAGAAUCGCACCAGUAAGGUCGAUGUCUUUGAGAGAAAGGCGAAAUGUGGACAGUGUCUCUCUACCCAGAAGUCAAUCGGGAACUCCUACUGUUUUUUGGGAUAAUUACAGUAGCAUACACGGACAUGGUACUCCUCAUUAUUAUUCAUCGCCCGUGGUGGAAAACAAACAUGAACCACACAGUUUGCAACCCAUUUACAAUUCGAGUACUUGCAGUAUUUCACAAAGUAAUACAAGUAGCAAUGGUUUCCUUAAAUCCCGCAGCAGCAGUCAGAGCUCGAAGAAAAUGCCACCAGAAGUACCAAAAAGAACAUCUAGCAUAACUUCGAGAUCUUUAGAACAAAGAAGUGGCAGCGGAAAAAAAAAUGGUCUCAGUAAAAGUACCGAAAAUGGUUCGCUGUCUAGUGUACAGAGUUCUGGUAGUGAUAGCAGUAUCUCUGCUGAUAGAAUUCAUUAUGAAUUCAAUUCAGGAUCGCCUGUUUGGAAAAGAAAAGGUCAAGUUAAUGAAUAUUCCGAACCAGUGCUUGAAACAAGUAUAGGAAACAUUUCAAAUUACCACAUCGAAAGAUCUGAGCAACCGGCUAAUUACAAGAUAUCGGAAACUAUUCGAAAACGUCAGUACAGGGUUGGUUUGAAUUUGUUCAAUAAAAAGCCAGAAAGGGGCAUUGCGUACUUAAUUAAAAGGGGAUUCUUGGAGAACACCCCCCAAGGAGUAGCUCGAUUCCUUAUAUCCAGAAAAGGACUGAGCAAACAGAUGAUAGGAGAGUAUCUGGGACAUUUACAAAGUCCGUUUUGCAUGGCAGUAUUGGAAUGUUUCGCUGCAGAAUUGGAUCUCUCUGGAAUGCAAGUGGACGUUGCUCUCAGGCGAUUCCAACAGCAUUUUCGAAUGCCUGGAGAAGCACAGAAGAUAGAGAGAUUAAUGGAAGUGUUUUCACAGCGAUACUGCCAAUGCAAUGUAGAUGUUGUAGCUCGACUUAGGUCUUCUGAUACGAUUUUUGUGUUGGCGUUUGCAAUAAUAAUGUUAAACACAGACUUGCAUACUCCGAACAUAAAGCCAGAGAGAAGAAUGCGUUUGGAAGACUUCAUAAAGAAUCUACGAGGUAUAGACGACUGUGGUGACAUAGAUAGUGAUAUGUUAGUUGGUGUUUACGAAAGAGUAAAGGCAAACGAAUUUAAGCCUGGUUCAGAUCAUGUGUCUCAAGUAAUGAAAGUGCAAGCAACCAUAGUGGGAAAGAAACCCAAUUUGGCUCUUCCCCAUCGGCGAUUAGUGUGUUUUUGUAGAUUGUAUGAAAUACCAGAUAUAUACAAGAAAGAACGUCCUGGCGUACACCAAAGAGAAGUUUUCCUUUUUAAUGAUUUACUCGUUAUAACGAAGAUUCUCAGUAAAAAGAAGUCUUCAGUUACCUACACAUUUAGAAAUAGUUAUCCAUUGUGUGGAAUGGUCGUAACAUUAUUCCAAGUUCCUCAUUAUCCGUACGGUAUUCGGCUUUCCCAACGCGUUGACGGAAAGGCUCUCAUAACUUUUAAUGCAAGAAAUGAACACGAUAGGUGCAAGUUUGCCGAAGAUCUUAAAGAAUCAAUUUUAGAAAUGGACGAGAUGGAAAACCUGAGAAUUGAAGCUGAACUUGAGAGACAAAAAACUAACCGAACUAACAGAUCAGGAACUGAAAAUCGUGACAGUGGAGUAGCUGAUGUAGAAGUGUGUCCCCGUCCGUGCCCUUACGGCCAAAAUCAGGGUUUUGUAGAUGGUGAAGAAACCAAUUAUGAUACACAAAUGAAACGUUCGGCAUUAAGCAAUUCGUUGUUGGAUAUUCAUGAUCAAUUUGCAGGAGAAAAGGCCCAAAGACGCGGAAGUGUGGGAAGUUUAGAUAGUGGAAUGUCAGUGUCUUUUCAAUCGACAUCAGCAAGUACUUGUACCCGUUCUGAUAAAUUGUCAGCCAAGAGUAAACCCAUCAAUUAUCAAAACUCUUUUCUAGGAGGGAUUUUCAGUAAAAGUCCGUCAAAUAUUGUACCCAAAUCUACAGAAGUUUAAGCCGUCAUAAUUACAGUAAAUUUUGUUUAUUUAUGAAGAAAAUAAUUUAAAAUAAGACCAUUGAAAUACAUAUUAUAUUAGACACAGAAGAAAAUGUAAAUUGUAAGUGGAAUUUUAAUAUUUAUAUUUUCUGUUUUUUCUUUUUUUUUUAUAAUGUAUUUUAUGUUGAGAAUAUUCUGUUAGGUUGAUGUUUUGAAUAUUUACGAAGUUCAAAUUUUUUGAAUCUCAAAAGGAAAAUAGCUUUCUUUGAAGUAGUUAAUCAUUUAAAUUUAGUUUCUGUAUAUGAUAUUAAGUUACCGAAAUGCAGAUUAUUACUUUUUACAAUGCUUAAAGUUGAUAACAUUAUCAAACAUUGUAUUCAAUUAAAUGUAAUUAAGUACAUACAUUUAAGAAGAAAACUUUCAGUCUUUUAAAAAAUUUGAAGUUACAUUUAAUUGUAGACGCCCUUGUUAAAAUUAAUGGUUUUAAAAUGUAUCUUGUUAUUAAAAUUGAACUAUUUACCAAACCUCUCAUGAAUGUCAUUUCAACUGCCAAUUGUACUUUAUUGUAUAUAGAUUAUAUGUAUAUGUAAAAAUCUGGUAUUCAAGACUUAACUGAAAACUAAAUAACUAUCUAGUCGCAUGUAAAUAAUUUGAAAUGAUUAAACCUCACUUUUUAGCAUUUACUAUUAACUUUAAAUUAUGUAAUUGUGUUUUUAUAACAAAUAAAU